CCGCACUAUUUGAUACCUGAUUGGAUGAUUAGUCCAUUCAUGCUGUGUGACUGUUAAGACAACCAUUUCAGUCUCGCAGGCUCCGAUAUCGGAACUUUUCGUUGUAGUUGGACGAGAGAAUUAGCGAAGCCGAAAACAUGGAUUGCCUCUACAAGAACCCAAAUACACCCACUGAAGCUCGAGUGAAAGACCUCCUCUCCCGUAUGACCUUGAAAGAGAAAGUCGGUCAGAUGACCCAGAUCGAGCGCAGCAUCGCCACUCCCGCUGCCAUUACAGAUUUUUGCGUCGGAAGUGUACUCAACGGCGGAGGUAGUACGCCUUUUGAGAAGGGCGUGACCUCAGAAUGGGCUGAUAUGAUUGAUGGAUUCCAAAAGUGGGCACUUGAGUCUCGGCUUGGGAUACCCAUUAUAUAUGGUAUUGAUGCGGUCCAUGGUAACAGUGGUGUCUACGGCGCCACUAUAUUUCCUCACAAUGCUGGCAUUGGAGCCACUGGAGAUGCAGACUUGGCAAAAAGAAUAGGAGCUGCGACCGCUCUUGAAGUAAGGGCAUGCGGCAUUCAAUUUGCUUUUGCUCCUUGUGUGGCUGUAUGCAGAGAUCCCAGAUGGGGAAGAUGCUAUGAAAGCUACAGCGAAGACACUGACAUUGUCAGAAAGAUGACUUCCAUUGUAACAGGUUUGCAGGGACAGCCAUCCAAGGGACACCAAAAAGGCUACCCUUUUGUAGCUGGAAGAGAAAAUGUCAUUGCAUGUGCCAAGCAUUUUGUUGGAGAUGGUGGUACUGAUGGAGGAAUAAAUGAGGGAAACACAAUAUCAUCAUAUGAAGAUUUGGAGAAGAUCCAUCUGGCUCCUUUUCAGGACUGUUUAUCUCAGGGUGUUUCCACUGUUAUGGCGUCAUAUUCUAGCUGGAAUGGACGUAAACUGCAUGCCAAUCAUUUUCUCUUGACAGAAGUUCUGAAAGAUAAGCUUGGUUUUAAGGCAAAUACUCUGCUGCAGGGUUUUGUGAUUUCUGACUGGGAAGGACUUGACCGACUAGGCGAGCCUUAUGGUUCGGACUAUCGCUACUGGAUUUCCAGAACCAUAAAUGCUGGCAUUGAUAUGGUGAUGGUGCCUUUUAGGUAUGAACAAUUCCUUGAGGACUUGAUGUUUCUGGUGCAAUCAGGGGAGAUAGCAAUGGCCAGGAUUGAUGAUGCUGUUGAACGUAUACUGAGAGUGAAGUUUUUGUCAGGUGUCUUCGAAUAUCCCUUCGCUGAUAGAUCUUUGCUGGAUAUAGUAGGUUGCAAGCUGCAUCGAGAACUAGCACGUGAAGCAGUCCGCAAGUCAUUGGUUCUCUUGAAAAAUGAAAGGAAUCCAAAUAAAUCAUUUCUUCCGUUGGAUAGAAAUGCCAAAAGAAUUCUUGUUGCUGGCACACAUGCUGAUGACCUUGGCUAUCAAUGUGGAGGGUGGACAAUCUUUUGGCAGGGAAACAGCGGCAAGAUAACGAUUGGUACAACCAUCUUGGACGCUAUUAAAGAAGCAGUGGGAGAUGAAACUGAAGUCAUUUAUGAGAAAUAUCCAUCACAAGACACCUUAGCAAGUCCGGAUUUUUCUUAUGCUAUUGUAGUUGUUGGUGAAAGUCCAUAUGCAGAAUCUUUAGGGGACAAUUCAGAGCUUGUUAUCCCCUUUAAUGGAACUGAACUCGUAAGCUUGGUGGCUGAUAAAAUCCCCACAUUGGCAAUACUGAUAUCUGGAAGAGCCUUAGUUCUGGAGCCUUGGCUUUUGGAAAAAGUAGAUGCUUUCAUUGCUGCUUGGUUGCCUGGCAGUGAAGGAGCAGGAAUUACAGAUGUUAUAUUUGGAGAUUACGAUUUUGAGGGUAGGUUACCUGUAACAUGGUUUAAAAAGAUUGAACAACUGCCAGUACAUGCCGGGCAAAAUUCAUUUGAUCCUUUAUUGCCCCUUGGUUUUGGCUUGACAUGCAAUAAGGAAAAAUCUUUAGAAUAAAUCGUCCGGAAUAUUAAGGCUGGUUUGGUGUCAAGUUGACAACAAACCAGCCUUAAUCUUCCGGACUAUUUAUUCUAAAGAUUCCAAUUAAUAUCAUUCUGUUGGUGUGGUAUGUGGUGUGAAUGUGAUGAUAUGAUGGCAUGAUAAUAGGUGUUAACGAGAUUGACAAGAUCAGUUACCAAAUCUUUAGAGCAAUUACUGGCAGAGAUGUGUUCAUAUUUAGUUUCCUUAUUGUUAGCUAAAUUCCUUACAAGAAAAGGAAACUCCUUUGUAUAAAUAUGUACGUUUGUAAUACCAGAGAUACACAAGUUAUUUUGUGAUCAA